CGUGUCCGCCUGGCUCCCGCGGGGAUCGCCGAAUAAUCGCUAUCACGCACCCGCCCCGCCGGCUGGAAGGGUGCUCGUUCACUGCUCCAAUGGCUCUGCCACCUCCAGAUCCACAGUUCGUGCUCAGAGGUACCAGUGCUCCAGUCCACACUCUGCAUUUUUCCUGUGGAGGCCCAGAACCUGAUAUCCCCCUUCUUUUCUCUGGGUCUGAGAAUGGGUUUAUCCAUGUCUGGAACCUGAAAACACACAGAGUGGACACAGCAUUGGAUGGCCAUGGAGGAAAAUCUGUCUGCUGUGUGGAGACAAUGGGUGGUAAAGACAGGCUUCUCAGUCAGGGGCGCGACCAGAGGAUCUGCUUGUGGGAUUUAGCAGAGGGACGGACUUCAGUGACGGAUUCUGUCUUCACGGAGCAUGUGGGAUUCUGCAGAUGCUCUCUGUUAAAGGUGGCACAGGGACGCUGGCUAAUGGCCAUGGCAGGCAGAAGCCUGGAGGAGGUUCAGAUUUUGGAGCUGCCAUCCAAGACGUCAGUCUGUACCUUGAAGCCAGAGGUGGGUGCCAAGCUGGGCAUGCCCAUGUGUCUGAAGUUAUGGCAGCCCAGCUGUGGUUCACAACCUGUGCUUCUGGCUGGCUAUGAAGAUGGAUCAGUUGUCCUCUGGAACGUGUCAAUGGGAAAAGCAUUGAGCCAACUCAUUUGCCACCAGGAGCCAGUGAUGAGCCUUGACUUUGACUCAGAGAAGGCCAAGGGGAUCUCGGGCUCAUCUGAAAAGGUGCUUAGCAUCUGGAGCCUCAAUGAGCAACAGAACCUCCAGGUUUACAAAACACACGAACUUGUCAACGCUGGCAUAUCUGAUAUCACCAUCCGUCCAGACAAGAAGAUUUUGGCAACAGCAGGGUGGGAUCAUCGCAUCAGGAUCUUUGGGUGGAAAAAGCUGAAGCCCUUAGCAGUGCUGGACUAUCACACAGCAACCGUGCACUGCGUGUCCUUCUCAGAUCACAGCGACCCCCGCGAGAGGCUGCUGGCAGCCGGCUCCAAGGAUCAGCGCAUCAGUGUCUGGUCCAUAUAUGCUCAGACGUGACACAUCCUGCACUGCCACGGACUAGGAAAUCAGGACUGCUGAAGCAAUUCCUAGUACUGUAAUUCAAACGUGCAUGUGGAGAAAUGGUAGAAUCUGUCUCCAGGCUGAAGUGAGAGUCCUAGGUUAAUUCUUAUGCUGCUUGUUUAAGCUAUAAGUUUUGUCUUCCAUAGAGGAAAGUGGAUUUUUAAAAUUCAUAACAAGCAGAACAAGGCCACUCACAAACAAAGACCAAAGUUACUUUGGGUUCUGCUACAGGUUUUGCAACACCUUUCCUUUGGCAGGUUGCUGACAUAACUUGUGCCAAUAUCUUUUGUAAAAAAGGACUGGAAUCCCUCAAACUGCAGUGGGGGCAGAAUAUGUCUGUUUGUAAGUCAUUUAUGUAUCCAAGAAUCUGAAUCAGUGUAAAACAUCACUCUUUCUUGAAAAUUUAUACCAUUAAACCACCUCCAGUGGUU